AUGAUGGGGACAAGCUGUCUGCUAGGCAUGUCGCCGAACCAGUCAAGCUGUCGUAAGUACGGUAUGUCUCUGCUGUUUUACCUGUCGAGGAAUAAGUGCCAACAGGACGGCCAUUGGCUUUGCGGUUCGUAUACUGCCACUGUAGAUAUCACGGGAAGGUUGAAAGUCGAUGGGAAUGUGAUUCAUCUCACGAAGAUUUUGAUUGUAGUGAAGAAAUUAUUAUAG